AUGUCGCUCCGUCGGUCCCUUCGAUCGCGAAAGACACGAGAUGAUACUCCGGAAACAGACGCUAACAUGACCACCAGGUCUACGAGACAAACUCGCGCUUCUACGUCUGCAUCUGCCUUGAUCUCAGUCUCUCGAUCUGAGUUGAAUUCAGGAGAUCGAAAAAGAUCUCUCCGUCUUACUGUCAAAAUGCCCUCCAGCAAAUUGCGGGAAGCCACGGGUGCUGGUCGCGCUGCUGGACGGCGCUCAGUCAAUGUAUUCCGGGAAGAUCCCAUUGUUUCGGGACCCCGCUCCAGUCGGAACCGAAAGAAGAUUGUAGAGGUUGCUACUAGCGACGAAGAGGAAAUCGACGACCAAGAAGAGGAUGAAGUUGAUGAUGAAGAUGCCCCUGGAGAUGAUGAUGAUGAUGAGGAGGAGGACGCCGAUGCCGACGCUGACGCUGAUGCUGACGGUGACAUUGAUAUGGACGACAUGCCGCCUCAGCCGCCUGCCAGGCGCGGUAAGAUCAGUCCUCCAUCUCGCGCUAAGCCUCCCAAGAGUGUCGAGGCCAAGGAGAUGGAAAUGGAAGAAGAUGAUGACGAAGACGAGGAUGAUGAGGAAGAGCCUACCUCCGACACGGAUGAAGAUGCCGAAGCGGAGGGCGAUGAUCAGGAUGGAAUUGCAGUCCCAGACGUCAAUGUCGAUGAUUUGGAUGAGCUUGAUGAAGAGGAUGAAAUAGACGACGGCAUGGAUAGUGAUGCUUUCGCCAUUCAAAGUGGAAAGACCACCAAGCGCCAGCGAGGAAAUCUUGGAAAUGAUUUCUUGCAACUUCCCAUGGAGCCCCAGGUCAAGAAACAUUUGACCGCCGAGGAGCGCCAGAUGCGUCGCGCAGAGAUGGCACGGCGAAGGAAGAACCUGAGUGAGAAGCGGAAUGAAGAGGAAAAGAUGGACACAAUUAAUCGGCUGCUCAAGAAGCAGGCCCCCAAGCGGCGUGGUCGACAAGCGGCCGAGGCUGCUGAUGGAACCCCCGGCCAAGAAAUCGCGGAGGCCGAGAAAGCUGACCCUACCCUGGUGCGGUGGACCAGUGGUCCAAAUGGCUGCAGAGUCAGCGUUCCAGAAGAAUGGCUGGGUACACCUGCUGGGCGUGUCUUUGGCGCACCUGCAGUUCCCGCGGGGAAAAUGGUCGAAGAAGUUUGA